UUUCUUACACUUGCAUGUGUAAUAAUACGAGCUGUCACUGUUGGAAAUUUCAUGUCAACGACACAUUUUAACACAAAUUAUUAACAAGUUGAAACCUAAAAAUUAAGCAGAAUUACACGUGUAACAGUUAAACGCUUGUAUCAUGAAAAAGUGCAGUGUGUCAUAGCUGUCUGAAUGUGAUCUGCAGGUCCAACUGACCUCCAUGUGUCGGAAAAUCGAAUAUUAAAGUGACAGAAAAAACACCUCACUAGCAUUUUCACUAGUAAAGAGGUGCUGUAAACUCGCACCAUCAACUCUUGGGGAAAAAUACUUUCUGUGCUCGCCUGUACACUGUAUUGAGUGUUUAGCCGCAAUAACGUGUACAGACGUUAUGUCGUAUUUACACGUUACGCCUAAAGACAUUUUUAAUCGUUUGGCCUUCCACACGAACAAGCAUACUCUCGGACACCUCAUGAAAUGAGUGACGUAAGACUUUAGCCCCGCCCCCACGUCUUGGAGUCUUCCGCCCUGGCGCUUCUGCUGCCCUCUCGUCCAACUUUCACUUUCUCAAAAACAGAACCAGUUGAAGAGAACGGCGUUGUUCAGCUGUUGUAUGUCUCUCUGUGUACACGACAGGCGGUAAAAUGGCGGAAGCCAGUAUUUCAGUGGCUGAGGAGCAGUUCAGCUGUCCCAUCUGUUUGGAUCUACUGAAGGAUCCAGUGACCAUUCCCUGUGGACACAGUUACUGUAUGAGCUGCAUUACAGACUACUGGAAUCAGGAUGAUCACUUGAGAGUCUGCAGCUGCCCUCAGUGCAGACACACCUUCACUCCAAGACCUGUUUUAGCGAAGAAUGUCGUGUUUGCUGAAAUGGUGGAGAAACUGAAGAAGACAAGAAUCCAAGCUGCUGUUCCUGCUCACUGUUACGCGGGACAAGGAGAUGUGGAGUGUGACGUCUGUACUGGGAGAAAAUGCAAAGCUGUCAAGUCCUGUCUGAUGUGUCUGGAGUCUUACUGUCAACAUCAUUUUGAACGUCAUGAGGAAUUUCAUUCAGGAAAGCGACACAAAGUGACUGAUGCCACUGGACGACUACAACAGAUGAUCUGCCCAAAACAUGACAAACAGUUGGACAUCUACUGCAUCACUGACCAGCAGUGCAUUUGUUAUCUGUGCACAAUGGAUGAGCACAAAACUCAUGACACUGUAACAGCUGCAGCAGAGAGGACUGACAAACAGAAACAGCUGAAGGAGGCACAGAGUAAAUUCAAGCUGAGAAUCCAGGAACGAAAGAAAGACGUUCAGGAACUGAGAGAGGCUUUGAAGUCUCAUAAGCGCUCUGCAAAGACAGCUGUGGAGGACAGUGAGAGGAUCUUUACUGAGCUGAUACACUCCAUUGAGCGAAGCCGCUCUGAGGUGACCCAGCUGAUCAGAGCUCGGGAAAAGGCUGCAGUAAGUCGAGCUGAAGGACUCUUGGAGCAACUAGAGCAGGAGAUUUCUGAUCUGAGGAGGAGAGAUGCUGAGAUCCAGCAGCUUUUACAUACAGAGGAUCACAUCCAUUUCCUAAAGAGUUUGCCGUCUCUAUCUGUCCCUCCAGAAUCUGUCAACCGAGACAGCAUCACUGUCAGUUCUCUCCUCUCUUUUGAUGAUGUAAGACAAUCUGUCUCUCUGCUUAGAGGGAAAUUUGAGGAUUUCUUCAAAGGGGAGAUAGAAAAGAUAUCUGGUAGAUCAGCAAGACCCCUCUGUUAUCCUGAGCAAACCAUAAUAACACCAUCUCCAUUCAUAGUGUGUAGAGCUCCUAAGCGGGAUAAAAAACAUAUCCGCAUUCGAGACCCCAACCAGGGCGGCAAAGAUAUCACAGAGGAGAUAAUGUCAAAAACGAGGAGCUGUCUGGACCUUCCUGCAUCUGUCAUCGUGAAAGCAGAUAACAAGCCGAAACUGGAGUCUUCCACACAGAGUUCUGCAUCUCCCGAGCCGUGGCAACUGGAGACUGAACGGGAGAGAAGAGGUCAGCCCAGCAGCCCAGUACUGUGUCCAACUCAGAACACUGAGCUUCAGUGUCUGGAAGAAACAGAAGAAAGUCAGACACAUUUGGGAUGGCAUGAGGGUGAGUAAAUGAUGAGAGAAUUUUCAUUUUCACAGUGGUUUGGAACAACACGAACACAAGCGGAGUGAUACCAACAGUAAAGUGCCCUAGUGCUGUUGGACUGUAUAUCAGCACUCCUGGAAGCCUCUCGUCAAAUCAGAUCCAUCCAUCUGUCCAUCAUUCUGCUCUAUCUGUCU